AUGCUCUUACCGACUAAGAAGUUUGACAUUGGAGAUGGUUGGAUUUUUCAAUGGAUUAUGUCUAUCGCGCUCGCUUUUACCUUGUUUAUUGUCCACUUGUGUAUUGGUUCACCAAGAAUCUGGCCUCUUACCAUAUUGAGUGGGUUUUUAUGGUCAACAGGUAACAUAACUUUGGUCCCGAUUGUCAAACGAUUGGGGAUGGGUAUCGGAAUGCUAAUCUGGAACAUGGUUAGCUUACUGAUAGGAUGGGCCAGCAGUCGAUUCGGCUGGUUUGGAAUUCGACCCGAGAUACCCAGUAAUGAAACCAUGAAUAUCGUUGGUGUAACUUUGGCUGCGAUGAGUGUUAGUAUCUAUGUGUUCAUUACGCCAACAUCUGUUGGGCAGGAAGUUGAGGGUCAAAACGCUCAAGACAGUGAGACAGCGCAUAAUACUGAGCGUAACGUCAGCGGAUCGACGAUGGAUAGUGAUCCUCUUUUGUAUCAAGAGAUGAUGCCCGUGUUUCACCGGUUUUGGGGAUCCCGAACCGCACAACGAAUACUAGCCGUUCUUUUGUCGAUUUUCUCGGGUGUGCUCUAUGGAACCGUGUUUGUGCCUAUCAUCUAUGUUCAGGAAAAUUACCACGACGCCAGUCAUCGAGGCAUCGACUACGUCGCGUCAUUGGGCUUGGGCGCUUUCAUAGGCUCCACCACUUACCUGUUGUUGUACGCGCUGGCGACUCGGUGGCAAAGGAGCAGUAAUGGUGGCAAUGAGAGAGAGACGCCUUUCCUCUUGCUCCUGCUGCCGAGCUGGGUGACGGGAGUGUUGUGUGCCACGGGGCAGGCCUGCUGGCUGAUUGCCAACGAGGCUCUUCAAGCUUCCAUCACCUUCCCCAUUGCUGCCACCCUCCCCGGCGCCUUUUCCACCCUCCUUGGCACUCUCCUCUUCCGCGAGGUUCAGGGUAUAAAAAAUUAUAUCAAAUUGGCGGUGGCAUUGAGCUUCACUCUGGCCGGAAGCAUCCUAACCGGUCUCUCUAAAUAA